UAGCAACCGAUGGCAACCACGUGAUAUUGACGCCACUGCUGAUAUUUCCUGCGAGGGACACCGUUGUUUGAAACGAGUAGCUCUAUGCAUCUCGUUUCAGCUUUAUUUUAUUCGUUCAAUGACCAGCGAACAGGAUAAAUUACAUUCUAUAAACUCCAGUGAUGACCCAAAUUUAUUUUUUCAAGAAAGCGACGAGCAAAACCUGCCUGACGUGACAUUUGCAGUUGGAGGAGCGCUUGCUAGCAACAAUUCCCAGACACGAGAGAGCCAGCCUCUUCUUCGUCGAAUGGAGCCUGAUUUAGGGGCCACGUUUGAAAGUUUCCACGAUGAUCCACACUUCUCUUCUGUUGUCCAUGAAGCGGAGAUGGCAAUUGAACUUGCUAUAUAUCCCGAACGAAUAUAUCAAGGAUCCAGUGGAAGUUACUUUGUCAAAAACAGCGAGAGGAAGAAAAUAGCUGUGUACAAGCCAAAAGACGAAGAGCCUUACGGGAGACUGAACCCAAAAUGGACAAAGUGGAUGCACAAGCUGUGCUGUCCCUGCUGUUUCGGCAGGAGCUGUCUAGUUCCCAACCAGGGUUACCUAUCAGAAGCAGGAGCGUCACUUGUUGACCAGAAAUUGCAGCUUAACAUUGUCCCCAAAACCAAAGUAGUCAAGCUAGUUAGUGAAACAUUCAAUUACUCAGCUCUUGACCGGGCAAAAGCACGGACAAAAAAGAACGUCACCGAACGGUUUCCAAAAGUUGGACGUCGCUUUCACAGGAUUGGUCUCCCUCCAAAGGUUGGCUCCUUUCAAUUGUACGUGGAGGGGUAUCAGGAUGCAGACUUCUGGCUGCGGAAGUUUGAGUCUGAGGCACUUCCAGAAGACCUUCAAAAUAUGUUUCAGCUACAGUUUGAGCGACUGGUAGUACUGGACUACAUCAUUCGAAAUACCGAUAGAGGAAAUGACAAUUGGCUUAUUAAAUGUGUUAGACCAGACAAAGAACCUCAGACGUGGAGUCCAAAACAGCCGGAGAUUAGGAUUGCUGCUAUUGAUAAUGGUUUAGCAUUUCCCUUCAAGCACCCAGACUCUUGGAGAGCCUAUCCAUACCACUGGGCCUGGCUCCCUUUUGCCAAGAAACCCUUCUCGAAUGAAACAAAGGAGUUGGUUCUUCCACAGCUUUCAGAUAUGAACUUUGUUCAAGAGCUCUGUGAUGAGCUGUACGCUCUCUUUAAGAAAGACCCUGGCUUUGACAAGAAUCACUUUGAGAAACAGAUGUCUGUCAUGAGAGGGCAGAUUCUGAACCUGACUCAGGCCCUCAAGGAUGGGAAGUCACCUGUACAGUUGGUUCAGAUGCAUGCUGUUAUUGUGGAGAGGAGCAGUCGCUCGGGCGCACGAGGACGCAUUAAGUCGCUGAACGAUAACUUCAUCCAAAGUUUCCAAAACAAGGCUCCAUUCUUUUCAUGGUGCUAAUGCCCUCAAUGCAGAAGGGAUGGUGUGAUGUAACUCAGACUUAAGGGACCAGUUAUUGGCAUGGUGUUGCAAUUGAUGUGGUUUAACACAUUUUGAUCCUGUUGAUUAUCAGUUCACUUCUGUGCAUCUUCCUCAAGUGCAUGGCUUUUUGUAUAUUUUAGCAGAAUAAAUUACUGAACGUGUGCCAGGUUAAACUAUACGGCAAUGUUUUGUCGAAUAAUGGGUUGAAACUAUUGGUCCCUUUCUCUGAUAUAUGCACACAAUAUAUUUUCUAGAAAUGCACAAAAGUUAUAUUUUGGUCUGUCUAAAUGGGUGGGUUGGGGGACUAUAUCCAUGGCAGUAGUAUUAAUCCAUGGUACUAUACAGUGAAGUGUAUGAAUACUUGAGCAGGCAAUGCUUGAUUUUAUGUAUCCUAACUUAUACACUCUAGUCAGUUACUACUGCGUCUCGCUUGAAUAAAACCACAUUAAUUGAUA